AUGGUUCAUGAAGAAAUGGCACAGGCAGGAGGCGGAAGCGUCCGCGAAGCGCCAGCGCGCGAGGGAAGCAGAAGCAGAGAGUAUGGCCACCUCAGGACCGAGGAGAAAGAGAGCCGGGGAAGCGGCGGUGGGGGGAAGAAACGGCGACCGGGCACCGCUGUAGAAGCGAGUAGGGCGGCCGAGGCAGCACUUGUGGCGAACUAUGUACCCGGCUGAUGUUGUUGCGCCCUGUUUCCCUCCCUGCUAUAUGCUAUACUCCUUCAUGUAUGUCCUUUGUAUUGCCUUCGGCCUCUCUCUGUGCUGUGUUUCUGUGUUUCUUUUUUUCAUGACCCCCCUGCCUACUCUGCUGUGUUGGGUACCGUGAUCUCGCUUUGCUGUUGCCUUUGUUUUUGUACGCCUGGCUGUCUGCCCAUCUGCCGCCUCUUUGUCCUGUUUGCUCCGUUACUCCCAUGCCCUGGUGCGUAGUGCCUGGUGCUGGUACGUUACCCUUUGAUUUUUUCAUUGGGCGAGUGUGGGAAGCGUCCUCCUUUAUUUUUGUUUUUGUUUCAUGUUGGUCGGUCUCCGAGGGCUCUUUCCUCGAAAGGUCGGUCCGAUACCUGUUAUUUU